AAGCAUUGCCAUCUACCGUAUGCUGCCAACUAAAUUAUUCUUGUCACACCGCGAUCUUAUUGGAAACUUUUGUGUGCAAAAUAAGUAACCCGAGACGCUGUAUACAAACUGCAUACUGCAGCUGCGCAACUAUCUUCAUAGCAUGGACGACCUCCCGGAUACGAUGCAGGCACUUGUACUGGCAGAGGAGGAGCGCGUUGUUUAUGCAACAGUCCCUUGUCCGCGUCUUUUGCACCCAACCGAUGCGAUAGUUAAAGUCACAGCCUGCAGCGUGUGCGGCAGUGAUCUACACCCGUACCAUGGUCGGGAGAAGGGGAUUGCGCCCAACACCGUAGUCGGACAUGAAUUUGUGGGCGUUGUGGUUGCGAUCGGGACAGAGGUUACCGGAUUAGCCGUUGGGGAUCGCGUUGCUUCGCCCUUCACUUCUUGUUGCGGAGACUGUUUCUACUGUCGUAAGGGAGCCACAUGCAGGUGCAACCAUGCCCAAGCGCACCUGUUCGGCUGGGUUUCGGAGGCGGAAGAACAGCUUCCCCCCGAGCAGCGGCGGGGGCUGCAGGGCAGUCAGGCGCAGUACGUGCGGGUGCCGCUGGCCGCCUCCACGCUCGUACAGCUUCCUGCCGACGUAUCCGACGAGGCCGGGCUGCUGCUGGGGGAUAUCCUGUCGACCGCCUUCUUCUGUGCGGAGCGAGGGGAGUUGGGCGAGGGAGCUGCGGUGGCGGUGCUGGGCUGCGGACCCGUGGGUCUGUUGUGCGUCAUGGCGGCCAGACACCUGGGGGCGGGCAGGGUAUUCGCGGUUGACUCAGUUCCCGAGAGACUGGCAGUGGCAGCGGAGCUCGGAGCCACUCCCCUGCGCCUCGCACCACCGCAAUCGCAACAACCACCGUCUCAACAACCACAACCACAACAACCACAAGGAGGACAGGUGCAGUCACGUGAUCAGCCACCGCAGGAGAGCAGCGAAGACGGAGGCGUUGGGAGCUCCUGGGAAGGCCCGGAGGCGGCGGUGGUGGCGGCGGUGAGGGAGGCGACGGAGGGUCGCGGCGCGGACUGCGUGCUGGAGGCAGUGGGCGCCAACAGCGCGCUACGGCUGGCGUAUGAGCUGGUCCGACCCAUGGGCACCAUCUCCUCCGUGGGAGUCAACACCUCCCCCAGCUUCCCCUUCUCCCCCGUCGACGCCUACAACAAGAACGUCACGCUGCGCUCCGGCCGCUGCCCCGCCCGCGCCUACAUGACACGGCUCAUGCCACUGCUCCGGGAGCCCGCAGCGCCUAGCUUCGGGGCAGCCUCUGGAGCUUGCAGUUUGGCAGGGACACACCAGCGUCCGGCGCUGCCGUGGCGGCGCAUCUUCACGCACCGGUUGCCGCUGAGUCGCGGAGCGGAGGCGUACGACAUGUUUGCUAGGCGCGCAGAGGGGUGCAUUAAGGUCGUGUUGGACCCAUGGGUCUGACAUGAGGCGGCGGCAAGGGUCAGAUGCUGCGACGGGUCCUGCAGGGCGCGGGUGCUGGUAGGCUGGUUGAGAGGGUGUGUGUUAGUGGUUGUGGGUUUCUAGACGCCAGGCAUGAUGCCUUGGUGGGCUCGCGUGUUAUACGUUACUUGUGUCCCGUGGUGAACGGGUUAAGGCGGGGGCAUAGGUAGUAACUGACGGGCGCCCCACGGCAGCGCUAGUACGGAUGAGCUGUACUGGCGUGACGGGUGCUUGGGAGAUCUCGAUCCAUGUAUACUCGUAGUGCCCCCUCUUGGGUCACCCAUCGAGUAGUAAUAUGUCGUAUUAUAUAUAUGGAUCCAUAACUUAUCCUAGAGCAGGUAUACCUUAUAAGAAUGGGCAGAGGACUUCGUGUCGGCUGUUUGCAUGUGUGCUUGCUCGGGCUUUGGCUGGGAGAAACACUAGUUCUGGCGAACAAUGGCGACUGAACAUUCGACUGUACUGGUUCCUUGCCUCAGGAGCCAUAUUAUAGUACGAAUACAACGCGAGGAGUCAGGAGUUUACAGUUUACCGGUACCACUAAUGUAAGCAUUCCCCCCCAUGCACACGGCUGUUCUGCAGCUGAACACCCCCCCCACACACACACACCCCGUAGCGCUGUCUCACCCCAACUGCCAGCACCUCAAAUGGGCGGCACCGCUAGCUCGAAACGGUGCUGCUGCCAGGCUGCUCAUGCCGCAGCCACCUACGGGA